AUGAAGAUUCUUUCCUUCAAUGUGAGGGGACUGGGAGGGAGGGGGAAGAUGAGGGUUAUAAGGGAAGUGGUUUGCCACCAUCAUGUGGAGGUUUUGUUUGUCCAGGAAACAAAAUUGCAGCGUAUCAGUACUCGUACGUGUGCUCAGCUGUGGGGGGAGUCGGGGUUCGAUUGGAAGGCUACUCCUGCUGUAAAUCGGGGAGGUGGCUUAUUGUGUAUAUGGAAUCCAAACUUGUUUGUCUUGGAGGAGUGUGUGGAGGGCCAGGGUUUUAUAGGGUUAGUGGGGGUUUGGAAAGCUUCUCAGAGUCGGUGUGUGUUGGUAAAUAUCUACUCUGCUACUGAUAUGGAGGGGAAGCGGGCAUUGUGGAAUGCUCUGACUCUAUGGAGGGCUAAUUGUACAGUAACGGCUUGGUGCCUUGCCAGCGAUUUUAAUGUUGUUCGAGUAGAAGACGAAUGUAGAGGUUGUGUUGGUGUUCUACCUGUGCAGAGGCAAGAGAUGGAGGAGGUUCACCUCUUCAUCUCAACAAUGGAGUUACAGGAUAUCCCGCUUGCAGGUCGUAGAUUCACUUGGCGCAGGCCUAAUAACCAGGCUCGUACCAGGUUAGACAGGUUCCUUGUGUCUAAUGAAUGGGAUGGUUUUUGGCCGAAUUGUUCUCAGCUAGUGCUUAACCGAGACAUCUCUGACCCUUGCCCGCUUUUGUUACGCUAA